ACACUAUAGAGAACUACCCAAUCCUUGCAUAAACAAUUAAUAUUUAGUAAUAAAACUUACUUAAACACUUCAAUCACAUAUAGUUAUAAUCCCAUAAUGUCGCAUGCCUCAAGAAAGAAACUUUUACUCAUGGGCCGGUCCGGGUCCGGGAAGUCCUCCAUGAGGUCUAUUAUCUUCUCCAACUAUUCCGCAUUUGAUACCCGUAGACUUGGUGCCACUAUAGAUGUUGAGUUGUCACACUUGAGAUUCCUAGGAAAUAUGACCCUUAAUCUCUGGGAUUGUGGUGGACAAGAUGUAUUCAUGGACAAUUACUUUACUAAUCAGAAAGAUCACAUUUUUAAGAUGGUUCAGGUGUUGAUUCAUGUGUUUGAUGUUGAAAGUAAGUCCAUAAACAAAGAUAUUGAAAUAUUCAUUAAGAGUUUAACAAAUUUACAAAAGUAUAGUCCUGGAGCUAAGAUUUUCGUGUUAUUGCACAAGAUGGACUUGGUUCAAAUUGAUAAGCGACAAGAGUUGUUUACGAUAAUGAUGGAAAAAUUGCAGAAAAUUAGUAAUCCUUAUCAGUUUAAGUUGAUUGGGUUUCCCACCAGUAUUUGGGAUGAGCUGUUAUAUAAGGCAUGGAGUCAAAUUGUGUGUUCUUUAAUCCCCAAUAUCAACUUGUUUAAUAGUAAUUUGAUCAAAUUUAAUUCGAUAUUGGAUGCCGAGGAGAUUAUCUUGUUUGAAAAAACUACAUUCUUGGUGAUAUCUUCAACUGCAUCAAUGAAUCAAGCUAUCGAAGGUGCCGACGAAGAACAUGAGGAAACUACAACUAAAGAAGAAGAUCUCGAUCCCAAGAGGUUUGAAAAGAUUUCCAACAUAAUCAAGACUUAUAAACAGUCCAUAUCGAAAUUGAGAACUAACUUUAAUAACUUGAUAAUCCGUGGUAGCAAUGGUAACAAUUUCUAUAUUGAUAUCUUGACUGAUAAUAUGUUUAUUAUGAUUGUGUUAAAAGAUACCGUAGAAGAAUUGUUAAUCUUGGAUAAUAUCAAAGCAGCAAGAAAAUGGUUUGAGAAAAUUGAGAAUGCAUAAGCUAAUAGUUUAAUAAAUAAUGCAUGACUAUGUAGUUAGCUAACAGUGUAGGCUUAGAGCGGAACGACCUGUAGGUUAUCAAUGCAACCU